UUAAUUCAUCAUGUGCAUGAAUGUUUCAGUACAGAAUUAAAAAAAGAUAUACCUAACAUUGCAGGAUAAUUUGCUGUUCACUAGCCACUAUUGUUUGAUUUCACAAAUGAGAAAAUAAGAGUAUUGAUGAUUAAUUCCUUGUAACAUUUGACCAAUAAAAUUUUGUAAACUUAUGCACAUACAUUUAAAUGCAGAGUAAAAGGUGGCUUUAAAUUGCAUCUUACAGAAACAUUAUGAAGAGAGAGAACUGGAUUAGAACUGAGUUGUAUUUAUGAUGGUAAAACAUGCAGGUUCUGAAGAGGACAUCGACUGUGUUGUUGGGUUUGAGGAGGGCGUCUUCAUGUUGUAAUGGUACAAUUACUGCAGGAUGGAAGAGGAACAUUUUUGAAUACAGCACAUUGAUGGAAAUAGAGAAACAGAGAUUUUGUACAGUUGUUGAGAAGUCACCACCGUGUUCCACUGAUGACAGAUUCCAAAAUCCUAAAAUAGCAUCAUUAAUAGAAGUGACUGUAAAAGAACGGAUUCAACCUGAUGAUCUGUUAAAUGCUUUAGAAGUAUCACCAGAACUAUUAAAUAAAUCACCAUUACAAUGGGAAAACUGUUUCAAAGAAUUAAAAUAUCAUGGAUUUACAGGAAAAGAUUCUUUAAGGAUGUUAACUCUGUAUCCGGAUUUAAUCAGUGUGGUUGAAAGUAAUGAAUUUAGGUUAUCCAUGGAAAACUGGAUUAAUUGUGAUCUUGGAUAUGACAAUGUGUUGGAUCUGUUGGUAGCUUGCCCACAUUUUGUUUCAGUUAGUAGAUACGAACUGCAGCGAAGAAUACCACUGUUGUUUUCAUUAGGAAAGUCGCACGGAAAAAGUGUCGUCAGGCUGCUGCAGAAUUGCCCUAAUCUGCUGUAUGGAAACUGGAACGACGUGGAAGCGAAGCUCAGUUACGUAGAGAAUAUUAUGAAGAUAGACACAACUAAGGAAAACCUAACCAAGUGUUACGUGUUCAAUCGUACUUUGGAUGAAAUUCGGACGAGGCACGCGUUUUUAAAAAGGGCUGGUCUGUAUGUGACGCCAGAGAAGAUCAAAGGGACAAAGGUCGAAGAAAGGCAGCAGCCCUGGAACAAGAAUCCGCGUCUCAGUCACAUUACAGACACCAGCAAUGAGACGUUUAUUUCAGAAGUUGCCUGUGACCUCACUCUUGAAGAGUUGGACGUAUUCAGGGAAAUAUACAGCGAAGAACUGAAGAACCAAGACGACAGCGAGAGCGAAGACAAUUUGUCGGACGGCGAGUGAUUGUCGCAGUUAAAAUAAGUCCAUCUGUAAAUGAAAAUGUAAAGUACUGAAACUAACGCAGCGUCUGAUCUGUAUAUUUUGUCGUUGUUCAGAAAUACAAAAAUAUAUUAAAAUUCAAAAUAUGAUUUCGAUGAA